AUUCAAUAUUUGAACGCCCCGGGGUGUGAUGUGUGCAAGCAAUGUUACUAUAUUUCCGGUAGUAUUCAGAUUCCCGUGCUCUCUGCGCUGUUUGAGGCGUAUUUUCCCGCAGAAGUCGGGUGCCUGAACCGGGUGAGAAAAGAAUAGUAACCACAGGCUUCCGGAGUAAAAUCGAAGCUGUCAGAGCAGCAGGCUGGAAAACAAGUUGUAUUUAACUGGGCGUUUUGUGCAAUAUACAAAGCCGCAAUUUCCAGCACUUUCCGGCCUGCAGCGGGAGGCCGAUAGCUGAGACCGGCCGAGGGACCACGGAGGCGGAGAAAACUGGGCCUCUGUUCUGCUCCGUGAAAGGCAGUCGACACAACCUCACAGUUGUCGCAGAAAUCAAGAUUGGAAUCGAGAGGGUAGCUUCGUCAGACGAAUAUUGAGGGAAUAUUGAGGGAGGCCAGACGGACGUGGUCAAUGUCAAUGGAGUGUCCUUCAAAGUGUCUGCUGAAUCUUUACGCUUUCUCUCUCUGCACAUUACUGACCAUUUGCACAUUUUAAUCAUUUGAUUUUUAAAUUCUCAUUUGAGAGAUCAAACUUUUUUUUCUGCUGGCAAAGCAGGGAACCAGGUUAUACUCACAUUCAGUGAUCACUGUGUGUACACAUCACGCCCCCUGAUUUUGAACCGUAGUACAGCUACACUUAGACUUAGCCCCUUCGUUCCACACCGCAGAUGGUCCACACCCCCUCAAUUGUCCUGCGAUCUCUGAAAACCAAACCCCUUAACACGUCCCAGGAUGACAGAGGCAUGGCAGCAGCACGCCGUGGCCCCUCCCCCCGUGGUGCACACCAUCCCGCCGGGGACGGAGAACGCCCUUGGCUGCGCCGUGUACGGGAUCGUCCUGCAGCCUGACCCGGCCCUGCAGCAGCAGCAGCAGCAGCACGGCCAGCAGCAUGCCGCCCAGCCACAGCAGCCCUCUCUGCAGGUAGGGGGCGAGGGCGGGCACAAGUGCGGGGCCUGCGGCCAUGACAUCUCGCACCUAGCCAACCCGCACGAGCACCAGUGCAUGGUGAGCCAGGACCGCUCCUUCCAAUGCACCCAGUGCCUGAAGAUCUUCCACCAGGCCACCGACCUGCUGGAGCACCAGUGCGUGCAGGUGGAGCAGAAGCCCUUCGUGUGCGGCGUGUGCAAGAUGGGCUUCUCGCUGCUCACCUCGCUGGCCCAGCACCACAACGCCCACAGCAGCGGCAACCCCAUGAAGUGCUCCAUCUGCGAGAAGACCUACCGCCCCGGCUCCUCCGGGAACGCCACGCCCACCUCCUCCGCCGCCAACCCCCAGCAGCCCUCCGCCGAGGGCGCGGCCUCCAGCGGGGCGGCGGUGGGCGCGUCCGCCCCGACGGGCUUCGAGGCCUCCUCGCCCGACCGCCCCUACAAGUGCUCCGUCUGCCAGAAGGGCUUCCGCCACCUGUCGGAGCUCUCGCGCCACGAGCGCGUGCACACGGGCGAGCGGCCCUACAAGUGCGACGCCUGCGACAAGAGCUUCAGCCAGUCGUCGCACCUGGCGCACCACCAGCGCACGCACAGCUCCGAGCGGCCCUACAAGUGUGCUGCCUGCGACAAGAGCUUCAAGCACCGCUCCCACCUGGUGCGCCACAUGUACGCCCACUCGGGCGAGCACCUGUUCAAGUGCAACCUGUGCGAGCUGCACUUCAAGGAGUCGUCGGAACUGCUGCACCACCAGUGCCAGCCGGCGGGCGAGCGCCCCUUCCGCUGCGCCACCUGCGGCAAGGGCUUCAAGCGGCCGUCGGACCUGCGGCAGCACGCCCGCACCCACUCGGAGGAGCGGCCCUUCCAGUGUGAGGAGUGCCAGAUGAGCUUCAAGCAGCAGUACGCGCUGGUGCGCCACCGCCGCACGCACAAGAGCGCCGCCGAGCGCCCCUUCAAGUGCAACCUUUGCGACAAGGGCUUCCUGCAGCCCUCGCACCUGCUCUACCACCAGCACGUGCACGGCAUGGAGAGCCUGUUCAAGUGCGCCUCCUGCCAGAAGGGCUUCAGUCAGUCAGGGGAGCUGCUGCGCCACAAGUGUGGCGGGGCCGCCGCUGCUGCCGACCGUCCCUACAAGUGCGACGUCUGUGGCAAGGGCUACAAGAAGUCGUCCACCCUCCAGCGGCACCAGAACUCGCACUGCUCCGAGAAGCCGCUCAAGUGCUCGCUGUGCGACCGCCGCUUCCUGUCCAGCUCGGAGUUCGUGCAGCACCGCUGCGACCCGGCCCGCGAGAAGCCGCUCAAGUGCCCCGACUGCGAGAAGCGAUUCAAGUACUCGUCGGACCUGCAGCGGCACCGCCGCGUCCACACGGGCGAGAAGCCCUUCAAGUGCCCCAGCUGCGACAAGGGCUUCAAGCAGCGCGAGCACCUGGCCAAGCACCAGAGUGUGCACGCACGCGAGGCCCAGUUCAAGUGCGUUUGGUGCGGCGAGCGCUUCGGAGACCUGGGCGCCCUGCAGGAGCACACCGUCCAGCACACCGCCGAGGGAGGGGGCUACUCUGUGCCCCCCUGCAUACAAUAACCAACCAACACCCCCCCCUCCUUGUGCAGCAACCAGCACCCUGCCCGUCCCCUGUCCCCCACCCCCACAUAUGGUAACCAGCAUCCCCUACCCCCUUUCCUCAGCAUACAGUAAUGCGCCCCCUGCGUCCUUGCAUCAGAUAACCCAAAAUGGCGCUGCCCCUUUGCUUAGAGUAACCAAUGCUUUGCAGCGAAGGAAGGUGUGCCUUCCACUGCCUCUGACAUGAAAACAGACAGUUAAUGUGGUCCUUUUCCUGUCCUAUGCGUGUCAGACCCCCCCCCCCCCCAACCCCCCAUGAAGACCCGCUGUACAGUGCAUAGUGUUUACCUACAGAACCCACCUUUGCCCUGUGCCAUGCAAGUCCUCUGCAGUGUUGUAUGACUCCUCUGUGUUCCGCCCUGGGCUGACGGCGGCCUCUUUUUCAGUUUGAGGUUUCCUGCUAUUCAGGAAGAGCCCGUCUUCUCCAUGCCAGUGUACGUAACACCACUCCCACCAGACUUCCUGCGAACCCUCUGCUACAGCGCUCGAAAAGGGAGGUGGGGGGACUUGGGAGAGAAAAUAUGUGAGGAGCUUUGACUGUAAAGAAAACACAUAAUGAAAUGGAAAAAGACCUCGAAAUCUCGACACGAGGACAUUGUCAUUAAAUCAAACACUGAUGAGCUCUGACUCUCCCAGUAACCACGUGGCAUAGCGAUCCUUUAUGCAUAUAUAUUUAUGCAUAUGCUUAUAUGUUUCUCGUUAGCAUCAGUUUUACUGUCCUGUAAAACUGUUUAAAAGGAAAGAAAAAAAUAAUGCUGUCCAGUACUGAGAUAUUACAGAUAUGUGUGUGUGUGUGUGUGUGUGCCUGUCACCAUGGCUGCUUGAGUAUGUACAAAAACCCAACAUUGUACCGAAUCCAAAACUAGAUAGGAAACCAAUAGCCAACCCAUGAUGGGCUCCUGAGAGCCCUUGAUAUUUCAUCCACUAUACGGAAAUCCAUGUGUCUAUAUACAUAUCUGUAUGUCUCUACACUACUUAUUUUUAUUAUAUACUGUUUAUACAUGCAUAGCGAUCAUUCUGUCUCCCGCUAAGUUUGAGAACUGUCCAUUCUUCUUGAUAUUACUGUAUGUACAUAAAAAGUGUGUAUGCUAAUGUUUACUGGUUAUGUAGUAGGAGUUGCAUUGUAUGUGUUUGUAAUGAAUGUGUUGUUUUCUCUUCUUAUUCAGUGUAGCUGAAGUUACUGUAGUUUUUUG